AUGGGGAUUUACUAUGUCAAUAUUCGAAUUCAUCAUGGGGGAGUGUUUACUUACAAGAAUCGCAUACGGCUCUAUGAAGAAGGUAAAGUAGAACUAGUUUACUGCCAGAGCAUAGAUACAAUAUGUCUUGAUUCAUGUGAGGUGAGAGAUAUUGAUGGUGGACAGUGGGUUGUUGAUAUAGCCAAAAAAACAUGUUCAUGUAGAAGAUGGGAUUUAUCAGGCAUUCCUUGUAGUCAUGGUUGCCAAUCUUUGUUUGCAAUGAAUCUGAAUCCAGAAGAAAUGGUACAUGAAUGCUAUUCCAAAGUUGUUUACAUGAAAGCAUAUGCAAACAUGCUUAAACCAAUGAGAGGAAGUUUAUAUUGGCCACAUACUCCGUAUCCAGAUAUUCUUCCCCCAAAAGCAAGGAGAAUGCCUGGGAGGCCUAAAAAACACAGAAAAAAGGAACAAGGGGAGCCUGGUGCAGGUGUAAAGUUGGGGAAAAAAGGCAUCAGGAUGAGGUGCAGCUUGUGUUUGAUGUAUGGUCAUAAUAAGUCCACUUGUUUGACAUCAAAGGAAGAAUGUGAUGAAAGACAGAGGCAAGAAGCUGAGGCAAAAAAGGCUCAAGCAGCAGCAAAGGCACAAGCAACAGCAGCAAAGGCACAAGCUACAGAAAAGAGGAUGAAAAAGGCAUCAAGUCAAAAAAAUAAGAACGAGCAACCAACAAUUGAAGGGGGACAACCUAAGAGGAAGAGGGUAAGGCCACCCAAAGCAAAAAAUGUUGAAGUUCUACCUCCACCUCCUCCACUUCCACCAGCCGGUGUAGGUGUUUUUAUGUUAAAAGAUGGUCACACAUAUUUCUCAACAACAAGAGAAACAAUCAGAGUCUCAUCACAACCAACUGGAAGUGUUUCUGAUAUGUCAUCCGCAGCAAAGGCCAAACCAAGUUCUAGCCAGCCUUAAUGAAACAGUUUCAUUUUGAUGUUCACAACUGAAGUAGUUUAUCUUAGCUUUUGGAUGUUCAGUAUUACUAUUUCUAAGUGUUGAUUUCAGUUGUGAAUUGUGAUCGUUAUUUGUCUUCCACUUUAAAACAGAAGUAUAUUUUGGAUGUUAAUUUAAAUGUGAUAUUGCUGAA